AGCAUUUUUAACCACAAAAAAUUUCAAAUUCAAGGCAACGGAUUCCGAUUGCGAGCAAAACUGCAAGGGUUUCGUUUCGUCUACAGAGAAUUUUGCUUUUUUAAACCAAUUUGCAAGGAUAAUCCGUUUGCGGCUCCAUCCAAGAUAUUUUGUACUCUGGUUUACUGGAUCCUGGAAUAUGGCUCGGAACCUAGUGAAGACAUCUGCAGCAGAUGUUUUACCAUUCCUUCCAGGAGCAUACGCUCAGCGUCUGGCAGUACGCACGGCGACCAGCUCUGCCAGCCAGAAACCCUUGCAUCCGGAAUGGACGGAGCUGGCCAAGAAGCAGAUGAAAGGCGGAGAUCCCGCGGCGAAACUGACAUGGAAAACCGUCGAGGGUCUGGAAAUCAAGCCCUUGUAUACGAAAACCGAUACGGAAUCCGUCCAGGAUGAACUGCCAGGGAAGUAUCCCUUUACCCGCGGUCCCUACCCCACCAUGUACGCGCAGCGCCCCUGGACGAUCCGGCAGUAUGCGGGUUUUAGUACGGUGGAGGAGAGCAAUAAAUUCUACCGGGAGAAUAUUAAGGCCGGCCAGCAGGGAUUGAGUGUGGCCUUCGAUCUGGCCACGCAUCGCGGCUACGAUUCGGAUAAUGCGCGCGUCAGGGGCGAUGUGGGUAUGGCCGGAGUGGCCAUUGAUUCGGUGGAGGAUAUGAAGAUUUUAUUCGAUGGGAUACCGUUGAAUAAGAUGUCCGUAUCGAUGACCAUGAAUGGAGCGGUGAUUCCGGUGAUGGCCAUGUUCAUUGUGGCUGCGGAGGAACAAGGCACAACCCAGGCGCAGAUCACAGGAACGAUUCAGAACGAUAUCCUCAAAGAGUUUAUGGUGCGCAAUACGUACAUUUAUCCUCCGGAGCCGUCCAUGCGGAUUAUUGCCGACAUCUUCUCCUUCACCUCCAAAAAUAUGCCCAAUUUUAACAGCAUAUCCAUUUCGGGAUACCACAUGCAGGAGGCCGGUGCCGAUGCCGUUUUGGAGAUGGCUUAUACAAUUGCUGAUGGACUAGAAUAUUGUCGGACAGGUCUGAAAGCUGGACUUUCGAUUGAUGAAUUUGCUCCGCGUCUGUCCUUCUUUUGGGGCAUCGGGAUGAAUUUCUACGUGGAGAUUGCUAAAAUGCGCGCUGCACGACGAUUAUGGGCUGAACUUAUCAAGGAGAAAUUCAAACCAAAAAGUCAGAAAUCUCUUUUGCUGCGCACUCACUGUCAGACGUCUGGCUGGUCCCUGACUCAACAGGAUCCUUACAACAACGUCGUUAGGACUACAGUAGAAGCCAUGGCUGCCGUAUUCGGCGGGACGCAGUCGCUCCACACGAAUGCUUUCGACGAAGCCCUCGCUCUGCCUUCCAAAUUCAGUGCUAGAAUAGCUAGAAAUACUCAAAUUAUUCUCCAGGAGGAAACCGGGAUACCGAAGGUGAUCGAUCCUUGGGGAGGAUCAUACAUGAUGGAAAGUCUCACGCAGCAGAUGUACGAAGCUGGCAAAAAAGUUAUUGAGGAGAUUGAAGCCAUGGGUGGCAUGGUGAAAGCCGUUAGCGAAGGAAUUCCGAAGUUGAAGAUUGAAGAAUGUGCCGCUAUCCGGCAAGCGCGCAUUGAUUCCGGAACAGAAACUAUCGUUGGCGUCAAUAAAUACAGGUUGGAAACUGAAGAAGAGACGGAAGUUCUUAUGAUCGAUAAUACCGCCGUGCGUGAAAGCCAAGUACGGAAAAUUACCAGUUUAAAGGCUUCUCGGAACGAAGCAGCAGCCCAGCAGACUCUGGAUGCCUUGACGAACGCGGCCAAAUCCGGUACGGGGAAUUUGCUGGCACUGGCGAUCGAUGCAGCUCGUGCCCGGUGCACGCUUGGAGAAAUCUCCAUGGCCAUGGAGAAAGUGUUCGGGCGGCAUGUGGCGUCCAGCCGGAUGGUCAGCGGGGCGUACAAAGCGGAAUACGGACAGCGAGAGGAAACCGAAAGUGUUCUUCGACAAGUCGAGCAGUUUGGAAAAGAUGAGGGCAGACGGCCGCGCAUCUUGGUAGCCAAAAUGGGCCAGGAUGGACAUGAUCGAGGUGCAAAGGUUAUUGCGACUGGAUUCGCUGAUUUAGGCUUCGAUGUGGAUAUUGGACCAUUGUUUCAGACGCCGGCAGAAGUUGCCCAACAAGCUAUUGAUGCUGAUGUGCAUGUCGUUGGUGUGAGUUCCUUGGCGGCGGGUCAUAAGACACUGGUGCCCGAAUUAUCCGCGGAGUUAUCUCGGAUGGGUCGACCGGAUAUUCUGAUUAUCUGUGGCGGCGUUAUUCCACCACAGGAUUAUGACUUCCUGUAUAAAUCGGGCGCAUCCGCCAUUUUUGGUCCGGGCACGCCGAUCCCGGUUGCUGCACGGGACGUGUUGGAAUGUAUCAAGAAAAACGUGUUGGCGCACGAACAGGGACAACAGCAUCAGUCAGCGCGGCGAGCGUAAAAUAUGCGGAGGAGUUUGCUUUGUGUCAGCGGGAAAUGAACGCGGUAUUGUCGGCUCAUCUACCGUAGUAUUGUGCUUUCAGUUGCAAUGGUAGUUGGACAGUUUCUGCUGAGUGGAAUCUUGUGGUUGAAUUGUUCUCUCCACACAUAAAAGAAUAUUAUGCUGAUUUCGCGACAUUGUGUUAGAUGGCUGUUUAACUCAUAGAUGCAAAGUGAGUGGAUAAUGAAUUCGCCGCCUGUUC